GUCCAGAGCGGAACCUCGAUUUUAAAGAUUUUUUAGUAAUAUCUCUUAACUGAGUUCUUCUGAAUGGACUAGUUCUUAAUAACACUAGUGUACGGUGUAUAUUUAACUAAAAUUCACAAAUUGAAAGGGGGGCUCCUUUCCAUUUUAGCAUUUUCGCUCCUGUGGCGUCUUAAGAAUUUCGCCACCCCUUUUCUACCGCGGAUGUAGUAAAUGUCGACCGUGGGAUAUGGGUUUCAUUGUAGUGUUGACGUUCUUUUUCUUUCAAACCUAUCGUUACUAAGAGAGCCACUGUAACCUGGGCAGUGGCACGUCUUCUGCCUACACCUUUUGGGCGAUUAGUUUAUUAUGUAAGAACCAUUAAAAAUAUUCUUAACUCAAUUUGUUGUUGUCAAAUAAUUAUAUAUUUUAUGUAACUUUUUUAUGUUCAUUAACUGCCAUAAAAGUUACUUAAAUACUAAAUGGCCAUUAAAUUUUAAUGAGCUUCAGCUAAUUGCAAUUAUUGCUAAUUACAGUCCUAAUUUUGAUCAAUGACAAUUAUAUUACAUUUUCUUUACGUAAAAUAGACGUUGUUAUUUAACAUGUUAUCAAAAAUGUUCCGUUUUCUUGUGCUUUUAUUAGCUAUUCUCGAGACAGGAAGCGAGGAAACCACAACAGAAGCACCAACAACAACAAAAGGUACAACAAAACCAACAACAACAACAAGGCCGAAAGGAUGGCGGGGUAUACAGUAUUACAACACAGCCCCUCCUAAGUCCUGGUUAGAGCAAUUUUUCAAUCGUAUGAACGAGUCACACUUGCCGAUUUUGGGCAUAGAAUUCGUGUGUGAUGAUUGCCCUACUGUGUACAUACCAGUAUGUGCCAGUAAUGGAAGAAGCUUUACAAAUAAGUGCUAUAUGGUGUGUAACGCAUACGAGAAUAAUGGGGGCGAAAAUGUCACUGUAGACCAUAUGGGCGCAUGCUUCGACUAUGGCGUUACAUGGGACAUGGUUUAAUUUCUAAUUGUAAAAUAUGAUUAUAGUAUAAAUAAACCUGAAAUUGCGUUUGUGAA